AUGUCGGGAUCAUCGAGCAAUUCCUUUCCUCCUUCUAAUUGUCAGACCAUUUCGGAAUUUAAUAUUACACGGGGAUAUAGUAUUGAUAGUACAACCACCAGGCGUACGGCUUCUAGUAGUGGUAGUACGAGUAAUAAUGGAGAAGUAGAAAUAUGUAUGAAAUAUGAUAAAAAUAAUUUCGAUGCUGGAAGUGGCUUGGGAAUCGGUAAUGAUGGGAAUUCUGAUAAAGAAGUAAUGAAACAAUUCAUUUCAACAAUUAAUUAUGAUCAGUCGGAUUUUUACAUGGAUUCAUACAAAAGAGGACCUUGUAGUGUAAAUUUGACUAAUAAUAUAUGGAUAUGGAGAAAACCAAUAAUGAUUGAUACUACUAACUCCGAAAUAAAAGACAAUUCCAAAUAUAAAAAUACAAUAGUUAUUCCUCCAAGAACACAAAGUUUAUGUCUAGGAUAUUUGGAUAAAUUAAACGUAAAUAAUAUUGAUGAUUUCCAUGAUAAUAGUCGUUUAUUAUUUGAAUGGAUAAUUGCUGCAAAACUUGAAGGACAAAAAUUGGGGAAUCACUAUAUAAAUAACGGAGACAAAUUAAAGAAAGCAUUAGGAUACAGUUAUGCCGAUUAUGGAGAUUUGGUAAAAGGAACAAUUAUAUGGGAAAAUCAUAUUACAAAACAACUUGAAACAAAUUUAAAACACAUAUUCCAAACUGUUUUCAACAAACAUAUUCAACAAAACGGACAAACAAUUGGUUCAGGGACAUAUCCUAAAGACUUGAGAAUAUUAAGAGAAGCAUGGUGGAAUACGAACAAACAGUAUAUAUUGGGAGCGUUAAUCUUUGGUGCACAAAAAUUGGAAGGAAAAAAUGAUUCAUCAUGGGUAGAACAAAUGAAAAAUUCCCCUCCCACGACCGAUUACAUACCUCAAUAUUUAAGAUUUGCACAGGAAUGGGUCGAACAUCUUUGCGAACAACGGAAAGUAUAUGUAAAGGAAGUGAUAGAGAAGUGUAAGCCGUGUAUAGAAGAAUCGGAUGAUUAUCACAAAAAAAACACUAUUGAUAAUAAAAAAGAAGUUGGUGUCAGAAAUAGUGGUAUAAAUAAUAGUAACGAAAAUUAUGAAGGAGAAGGAGGAAAUUGUUGGGAGAAUAAUGGAAAAGUUGCAAAUACUAGUGGGGAAUGUAGUAAAUGCAAAAAUACAUGUGAGAUAUUUAAAGCGUUCGUUGAAGGAAAGGCUAUUAACGAUAACGACAACAAAACAUGGCGAGAACGAUGGAUACAAAUGGAUAGAAUAUAUGGAGACUUAAUCAAAACAGGGAAGAAAGAAAUAGAAAAAUAUAAAGAAAAUCAACGAAGGGAAAAACAGCAGCAGCAGAAACAACCACAACAGAAACAAACAACAUUAACAGUAGGUAGUAGAGGUAGGAACCAACCGUAUAUGAUGAAAUGUGGUGACAAUAAUGAAUGUCUCAAACCUGAUGAGGACUCGUUUUACCAAUAUUUGGCAUAUAAUGGUUAUACAACACUUAGUAGUUAUAUGAAUUUGGUAUUGAAAGAUAUGGAUUGUGGAGUGGAUAAACCUAGAUGGGAUCGUGCCACAGUGGUAAAAAAGGCAAAUAGUGGAAAAACUGUUAAAAAAGUGAUAUAUCCACAACUUUUUGGUUCCACUCCCGCCGGAUACAAAUAUGCGUGUGAAUGCCGUAUCCCUUCGAGAGAAGAGCUUUGUCGUGAUAAUCAUAUGUAUAACACGAGAUGGGUGUGUGGACAAAACAGUGGGAGUAACACGCCAUCACGUCAGAAACGUAGUGCACAUAGUGGACAACCAACAUAUGUAUUGUGUAAUCUCAGACAUGACGAAAAUGACGAAUCCAACCAUAAAGACCAAAUUGUAGCAGCUGCUGUACCUGGAGUUAGUGCAAAUAGUGCAUUGGACCAAAAAGACUUGGAAUUUUUCAGUACUUUCGAUUCAUGGUAUAAAGAUAUACAAGAUAAAUUGGAUCGUCAUUUUCAUCGUAUUAGUCGUGAUUGUAAACUAGAAAAUAUAGGGACGACAUCAAGUGGUGGCUCGACUGGCACAAUCUCUAAGGAAUGCCAAUAUUGUCGUGAUAAUUGUGAAUGUUAUAAACUAUGGGUGAAAAAUAUGAAAGACCAAUGGGAUAAACAGAAGCACAAUUACGAGAUAUUUCAGAAAAAAUCAUCUAGUCAAAAUGUUUCGUUGAAUGAUUAUUUAUUUUCUAGAUGUUGGGCAGAAUAUUUUGAAAAGGAUGUUAAAUCCAAAUCGCUUAAGGAAAUUGAUGCUGUACAAGAUAUACAUAUUAUAAAUUUGUUACGUGAACGAUGUGGAGAAGAUAAAGAAAAGGGGCAAGAAAAAUUUCAAAAAAGGAUAGAAAAAGCUGAAAAUGAAACAAAAAUAUGUCAUAAAAAACAAGAAAGGUGCAAAAGGGGGGCAGAGACACUUGAUUGUAGUGGAAUGGAUGGUAAUGUUAGUGGAUGUAAUGAUAAAUAUUAUGAUCGACCUAUGUCUGGGAAAAACGGAACAGCUAAAAAUUGGAUUUGUAACGGAAAGGAUGUGGAUAGUAAUGUAUGUGUUCCCCCAAGAACACAAACAUUGUGUGUAGCAAAUAUGUACAAUUCUACUAGUAAGACAGUACAACUUGGCAAUUCAGGAGAUGAAUUAAAAAAAUAUAUAAAGAAUGCCAUGAGAACAGAAACAGAAUUAUUAUACGAAUAUUAUAAAGAAGGAACUCCAAUAGUUACAACAAAAGGUGAAACAAACAAAAGCGUUUUACCCAAAAAUUUUUGCAAAGCUGCAGAAAGAACAUAUAAUGAUUUUAAACAUAUGGUUAUAGGAGAUAUUCCAUGGAAACCAGAUAGUUUUAAGAACAUACAUAACAGAAUUAAACAGAUGAUUACACACCAAGAAAACAAUAAAACGCCCCAAACUAACAAUUCGAACGAACCACUUGAGGAAUGGUGGGAGAAAAACAGUGACGAGUUUUGGGAAGCAGUCAAAUGCGGCAUAAAAGACAAACCAAAAAAUGGUGGUGGUAUAUUCAGUGGUAAUGAGUGUGGUGAGUUUCCCCCGGACGAUACGGAUAACCAAUUUGUUUGGUGGUUCAAAGAAUGGGGCCAACAGUUUUGCAUUCAACGGCAAAAAUAUAUAAAAGAUAUUAAUGAAAAUUGUAGUUCGUCCGUGAAUAGUAGGUGCAAUGGUGUUAGUGGCGGGAAAUCAAACGAAUUAACAGGUGAUUGUAAAACAAAAUGUGAAGCAUACAAAAAUUUUAUAAAUGAUAGGAAAAAACAGUGGAAACAACAAAAGAACAAGUAUGAAAGAGAAAAUCCGGGAAUGUUUGCAGAAGAAUUAUUAGGACAUGAUUAUCCCGAAUGUGUAGAUACGAAUUUCGAAUUAAUAUUUGAAGAAAAUAACACACAAAAAAGUACAAAAUCCAAAGAAGAAUUGAAAUAUCCAUAUGGUGAUGCUAGUGAUAUAUGUUCGUGCGAACAACAAACAUAUGAGUGUAAAGGUAGUGCGUCAACGUGUAAAGAAAAAAGUGGCGAUAUAUCCACGUGGCGCACCCAUUUAUUAAAAAUUGGAAGAGAUAAUAAAAAAUUAGAAGGAGUAUAUGCUCCUCCGCGACGACAAAAAUUAUGUCUAGCAAAUUUAUAUCCCAUAAAUUUUGGAAAAGAUACAAAUAUUACCGAUAACGAUAUUAGCAGAAAAAAAAACGAGAUAUUUAAUAGAUUGAAAAUUGUUGCAGAAAGAGAAGCGUUUUAUUUAUGGAAACAAUAUCAUAAAAAUGAUAAAGAUGAUGAGGAAGCACAUAAGAAAGCUUGUUGUGCUAUAAGAAGCAGUUUUUUUGAUAUUGCAGAUAUUGUUAAGGGUAUAGAUUUAUGGGACGAUGCUAGCAAAAAAUAUAUAGAUAAAACAUUAAAAGAAAUAUUUCAAAAGGAAUUAGAAGAAUUAAAAAAAACAAGAAGAGAACCUAAAUAUGAAAAUCCCAUUUUAUAUUUGAGAAAAAUAUGGUGGGACUCAAAGAAAAAUGAUAUAUGGGAUGCUAUGCAAUGCGGAGUAACAAAUGCAUUGGAACUAUUAAACGUAAAAGGAAAAACGUACGAAAAUAUAGAUUGUAUGAAAGAUAUAAAUAAUCAACGUAAUGUCUACUUAGUUGCCACACCUCAAUUUGUGAGAUGGCUAGAAGAAUGGUCUCAACGAUUUUGCGAAAGAUACAAUGAACUUAUAAAUGAUGUAGAAACGAAAUGUGGUAAUAGUGGUAAUAAUAAUGAUAACUUUAAUGAUAAUUCCAAUAAUGGAUGCAAAGAUGCUUGUGCAAAAUAUAAUGAUUGGAUAAGUUUAAAAAGAAAAGAAUGGAAUGGUAUGAGCAAAUACUAUGAAAAUGUAAAAGGUAAGGACGAAAAUAGUUCUCCUGAUUUUGUAGACUAUGGAGCUGUUAGUCAACCUACAGCUAUGGAUUACUUGAACCAAAAAUGUAAUCAAACUAUAAAUGGAACAAAUAAUUGUUGUUACUGCGAAAAUGUGGGUACAAAUACUACAUCCACUGCUACUAACCCACUAAAUCAUAUGGACAAUGUCGUCAAUAAAAUUGACGAUAAAUAUAAACAAUAUAUGGCACAAUGCACCAGAUGUUACAUACAACAUAUAAAGGAUCAAAUUAAUACAAUCGAACAGAAGAUACAGGGAAGACAGGAUCAGAACACCAAGGGAAAGAGUAGUAGUAGUUCCAAUAAUCCUUGUACCAAUCCUAGUGGUAUCACACCCACUAAAACCGUGGACGUUAUCGCCAAAGAAAUGCAGGAUAAGGCAAAGACACAAUUGGGUAAUAGUAGUGGUUUGGUAGGAAAUAUAUCCUUAGCGGAAUUUAAAAACAGCGUUAAAGGAAACACGUUGAUGGAUACCGAUAUUUGCAACCUUGAUAAAAAAACACAUACCAAUGAUCAUCGUGGUGACGGUGAACCAUGUAAAGGCAAAGGUGGAGAUAAAAGUCCAUCUAUACACACUCGAUUUGUUGUAGGUGUUCGAUGGGAAGCGGAUCCUAAAUAUAUGCACCCAAAUCACAAAGAUGUUAUUAUGCCUCCAAGAAGACGACAUAUAUGUACCUCAAAUUUAGAAAAUUUGUACAUGAAGUACGAAGGCCUCACAGGAACUAAUGUCAAUCAUUCUUUUUUUGGAGAUGUAUUGCUAACUGCAAAAGAGGAGGCAAACAAAAUAAUAGAUAUGUAUAAAGAAAAAAAUAACAGAAAUGGCCAAGAUGUUCUAAAUGACCCAAAACAUCAGCAGACAAUAUGUAGAGCUGUACGCGGAAGUUUUGCCGAUUUAGGUGAUAUUAUAAGAGGAAGAGACUUAUGGAGUAAAGAAGAUGGUGCAAAAAAAAUGGAAGAACAUUUUGUAAACAUAUUUAAAAACAUUAAAGAGAAACAUAGUGAUAACACCAUCAAAGUCAACGACAAAUAUACAGAAACUAACAAAUAUAAACAAUUAAGAGAAGACUGGUGGGAAGCUAAUCGUGAUAAAAUCUGGGAAGCAAUGAAAUGUGGAAUAAGCGCCAUAAACUGUGAUAAAGAUACCCCCCAUGAUGAUUAUAUUCCACAAAGAUUACGUUGGAUGACCGAAUGGACAGAAUGGUUCUGUAAAGCACAAAAAGACGAGUAUAACAAGGUGAGGACGGCGUGCGAUAAGUGUAAGAGUGGACAAUGUACGGAAUGUAAUGAUUGUCAAGCUAAAUGCACAGAAUAUCAAACAUUUGUUAAUGAAUGGAAAAAACAGUGGACAUAUAUGGAAACAAAAUACCAAUCAUUAUACAAAGAUGCAAAAAAUGGUAAAGGUAGUGAUGAGAACGAAAAAUAUCUUAAUGAAUUUUUACAAAAAUUACGAACAGCAAAUAGUGGCAAUACCACGUAUACUACUGCAGCGGGGUACGUACAUGAAGAACUUAAAAAUAUGGAGUGUGAGAGACAAAAUGAAUUUUGUAAAAUCAAACCUGGUGGUACCCAAAACGAGGAUUACGCUUUUGAGCAGUACCCCAAAGAUUAUAAGCAAGCCUGUGGUUGUCAGGAGGAUACGUCACAAACAACAUCACAACAAACACCUACGUCAACACCUGUGGCACCAAAUUACUCACAGGGAUCGGAACCUGGGACUACACCGUCACCAGCUGCAGUGGUACCACAUUCUGGUGGGUCAUCACAGGAUGGGACACAGACAAAGGGACCAUAUACUUCACAGGAAAAGGGAAAACCACAGGCGAGAUCUGGUGGUGCAGUGGAUAAUGGACAAGUACCAAAACCACAAGAUACGGCGCCACAAGAUGGGAACCAGUCACAUGGCUCGGGAAGACAGGUACCAGGUGGUAACCUACCAACACAAGACCCGAAGCAAACAGGUUCAAACGCUGGCGAACCUCAUGGUGCUCCUGGUUCUCAACCUAGCGCUGUUAGAGCUGAUCCUGGAAAAGAUGGACAAAAUGGUCAACAAACUAAUACAGUACCUAGUGGUUCCCCUGUUGCUCCUGGUGGACAAGGUAAUUCUGAUCCUGUUCCUGGAAAAAGUACAAAUCCUGCAGAUGAAUUUAAAGAAUUAGAUGAAUGUCCUUUUGAAAAUGGUAAUAAUAAUGUUACUGCUACUGUAAAUAAUGUAAAAUGCAAAAAUUUGACUGUUAAUUCCCGAUGUACAAGUAAGAAAUAUGAUAAUAAUUUGAAUAACUGGAAUGCUGACCUUGUAAAAAAUAAUAAAGGUGAUAAUCAAGGUGUGCUAAUGCCUCCAAGAAGAGUAUAUUUAUGCAGAAAACCUUUUUUUGGACAACGUUAUCAUUCAAAUGAAAAAGAUUCAUUUAUAAAAGAUUUUUAUACAGCUACGUUUAAUCAAGGAAUCCUUUUAGGUAUAUUAUUCAACGAUAAUAAAGAUGAAGCAUAUGAGUCACUAAAAAAUAGUUUUUAUGAUUAUGGAGAUAUUAUUAAAGGUACAGAUAUGAUAGAAGAAACACUUACGAAUGAUUUAAAUGAUAGGUUAAUAAAAAUGUUUCCAAAAAAUAGUGCUUCAUCUACAUCUGUUGAUGGACGAGAACAAUGGUGGACACAAAAUCGAACACGUGUUUGGCACAAUAUGUUAUGCGGGUAUCAUAAAGGAGUAACUGAUCCACCAACAAGCAAACGAAGUAAAAAGUCAAAAGCGGCAUCGUCGUCAUCAGCAACAACUGAAAUUAUUCCAUUACAUUGGUGUAAAGUACCCGAUGAUGACAGUACUCCUCAAUUUCUAAGAUGGAUGACGGAAUGGGCACGACAGUUUUGUGAAGAAAAAGGAAACGAAACUAUAUCAUUAGAAAAAAACUGUUUAGAUAAUGAUGCAGGAACAACACAAUCUGCAACAAAUGGAGGAUACAAAUUAACCGAUAAUAAUUGUAUAAGUUCUCGUACUAUAUACAAAGAUUGGCUUCGUAGUAAAAAUGAUCAAUGGAAAGCAUGGGAAAAGUUAUAUGAUAAAUACGAAAAAGAAAAAGUAGAUGCUAGCACACAAAGUGUCAAUUCCCCACCUGGAACACAUCCACAACCACAAGCAUUAUCACGAAAAAAUGAUGCUGAAAAAUAUGUACAAAGGAAUUGUGGUCAAUGUAAAUGUAACAUUAAUAAUUUGGAUAAGAUGUAUGAACAAAUACACGAUACAAAUAUAAACUCAAUUAAAAAAAUUGUUGCUAAUGUUGAAGAGGAUAUACCACAACUAAAACUCCUAAAAGAAAAAGAUAUAACUGAAUCUAUUGAAAAAAUGCUUGAAAAUGUUUCAAAACAUGCGAAAAUUAUUGAGGAAAAAAUAAAUCCAGAAGCAAGACAAUUAAACAUAAAUACAGCACAAUCAAACAAUUCUCAAGGUUCUUUUAGUUUUAAUGAUUUGUGGAAGGCAAUAAACGAGACUGUUUUACCUCGUAUGGGUGGUACUGUAUUUUUGGGGACUUAUGGAACAAUAAAAGCUAUUGAGGCUACUCCGGGUAUAAUUUCCAAAGGAUAUAAUUAUGUAGCUCCAUCUGCAAAAGAUGCUGCAACAACUGUGGUAAGAAGUGUUUUAAGUGGACUUAAGGGCGUCAUUACUUCAAUUAAUGCUACUAAUUCAAAUCAAAACCACGUAGAACCUCCUGCACCCGAACCACCAACACCCCCACAAAAUGAUCAGUCAGAUAUCACGCAUAACAUAUUAUCUUCCACUCUCCCCGUUGGAAUCAGUUUUGCCUUAGGUUCAAUCGCUCUACUAUUUUACCUCAAGAAAAUACCCAAAACUUCUCCUGUGGAUUUGGUGCGUGUCCUUGAUAUCCCACAAAACGAUUAUAACAUACCUGAUGAAACAUCCACUAAUAGAUAUGUUCCAUACAGUAAAUAUAAAGGAAAAACAUACAUAUACGUAGAACGUGAUGGUGAUAGUGAAGAUGACAAAUAUAUGUUUACAUCUGAUACUACUGACGUGACUUCGUCAGAAAGCGAAUAUGAUGAACUAGAUAUCAAUGAUAUAUAUCCAUAUAGAUCACCUAAAUAUAAAACUUUAAUUGAAGUAGUACUAAAACCAAGCAACAAAACAACAUAUGAUGAUACAUAUAAAGAUAAUAUAGUGGAUACUACCUAUAUAUCUAGUGAUAACCCUACCUAUAAACUUACAGAUAAUGAAUGGAAUGAAUUAAAAAAAGAUUUUAUUUCACAAUAUUUAGAAAAUGAUAAUAUGGAUGUACCUAAUGAAAAUAUUAUUGAUGAUAAUAUGGAUAUGCAACCUAAUACUACACACGACAGUAUGGAAGAAAAACCUUUUAUUACACAAAUCCAAGAUAGAAAAUUAUAUAGUGAUGAUAACGAAAUUAUAUAUAAUAUUAAUUGGAAUAUUCCGGAAAAUAUCACAACAAAUACUGCGACAUAUGUGUCACCAAAUAUAUAUUCUGGUAUUGAUUUAAUAAAUGAUUCGUUAAAUAGUGGUAAUGAUAUUUAUGAUGAGUUGUUAAAAAGAAAAGAAAACGAAUUAUAUGGAACAAAAUAUACGAAAAAUACAACAACAAAUAAAGUUGCAAAACCAUUAAGUGGUGAUCCGAUCCUCAACCAACUAGAUUUGUUUGAUAAAUGGUUAGAUAGACAUAGAGAUAUGUGUAACGAAUGGAAUAAUAAAGAAGAAAUGUUACAUAAAUUAAACGAUGAAUGGAAUAAAGAAAAUAACCAACAUAUAAUGAAUAUAUCAUCACCUCAUAAUGAUAUGAAUGAUGAAGAAACAUAUAAUGUAAUAAACACUCACGAAAGUAAUGAUAUAACAUUUCUUGAAAAUCUUGGAUCAACAAAUAUACAACCCAAUGAUAUUACAAGAAACAAUAAUGCUUUGCCCACAAACAAUUUACGUACAAAUAUUUAUAUGGAUAUACAUUAUAAUGAAAAUAAUGAUAUACCAAGUAAUGAUAAUUUGGAAAAUUCGUACAAUUCUUCAUGA